CUGCUACAAACAAUUAUUUAUUUUUCACAAAGACAGUAUAUUGUAAAAUGAAAUUUCCUUCUCUAAAAAAGGAACAAGAGGGUCCAAAUUCAUUAACCCAAAUGGAUAACAACGAGGUUGGAUACGGAAGUACAUCUCAACCUCAGGAAACAAGAGACUUUAGUCAAGAGUUUUAUGGUGUUCAGAAAGUCAUUUUAAUGAAAAGACUUGGAAGAAAAUGGGACAAAAUUCUCGUUGUCACAGGUAUUAUCAUGGUUGCAUGGGCCAAGAAUUGGGAGGGAAACGUUGUUUACGCUGCCUCUGUUGCUGUCACCAGUUAUUUCGAGUCUCUCAAUAUCUCUGGUCUGAUCAGUGUGGUUCUUUAUAUUGUCGAAACUGUCUUGUUACCAAUGUAUGCAAAGUUUUCCGAUAUGAUUGGCAGAUCGGAAGCAUUCGCCAUUGCAAUUUUCUUUUAUGUUAUUUCUGGCAUUGUCCAAGCGGUUGCUCCCAGCAUGGAUGCUCUUAUUGGUGGACAAGUUAUCUACGCUAUUGGUAUAUCGGGUGUCUCUGUUCUUGGUCACGUUCUUAUUGCCGAUAUUACAUCUUCAGUAAACCGAGGGCUGUUCCAGGCCUUUUACGAUUUCCCUGCCAUGGUCAACCUUUGGGUUGCACCUUUAGUGGGCGAUGCCAUUGUAAAACAUAGCUCAUGGAGAUGGACAUAUGCCAUGAUUCCAUUCUGUGUUGGCGGCACUGCUAUUCCUUUAUUAUUUGGCCUGUAUCGUAUUGAGAAAACUGUCAAGAAAUCAGGACUUUUACCUCGCAAAGACAAGACAAAAUACCAGAGCAUGUCCUUUGCUGAAAAGUUCAAGUAUGUGUGUAAUGAACUCGAUAUUGUUGGCAGUAUUUUGUUUAUCGGUGCACUCUGCAUGAUUCUGUUACCUCUGGUGCUUGGUCCCUCACGUUGGGGUGGAUGGAAUACGUCUCCCACCAUUGGUUGUCUUGUCGCUGGCUUUGUCUGUGCCAUCUUGUUUGUUGUGUAUGAAAGAAAGUAUGCAGAGUUCCCUGUCAUUCCUGUUGGGGAUUGGAAAAGUCCUACCCCUAUUGCUGGUGUUAUGACUUGUGCUGCUAUCAGUACGAUUCGUGCUACAAAUUGGACUUACUUCACCACCUAUCUUCAAAUUACCCGUAGAGUGUCCAAUGUCACGUCGGUCUACAUUGAUCGUAGUUACCAUGCCACCUUCUUAUUAUCUCAACUUGCUGCUGGAUACUUGAUGAAACGCUUCAAGGUUUAUCGACCUAUUGUCUUUGUGGGAAUUUGCUUGUACAUGCUCGGUAUGGGUCUUAUGAUUCCCUCUCGUUAUCCUACUUCUCCCAUGGGUUUCGUGAUUAUUACUCAAAUUAUUGCCGGUUUUGGCUCAGGCAUGAUUUAUGUGCCUGUUCUUGUAGCUGUUCAAAGUUCAGUUCCUCAUGCUGACCUUGCUAUGGUAACCGCAUUGGUACAAGUGGGAGGUACAAUUGCUACAAGUAUUGGUGGAUCUAUUGCUGGUGCUAUUUGGAAUGCUCUUUUGCCUGGACAAUUAGCAGAACAUGCUCCUGGAGAAUAUGACCCUGCUUUAAUUCUCGGUAGUAUCGAUUAUAUCAACAAUCUCCCCGAGGCACAGCAUGCUGGUGCCACCAUUGCUUAUGGCCAUGUCCAACGGAUUUUAUCGAUUGUUGGGCUUUGUCUUUCGAUUAUUGCGUUUGGAUUCUUUUUGAGGAUGAAGCCAUUUGGAUUAACCGAGGAGGAAAGUCACGGUCAAGAACCUGAGGGAGAAACAAAUGAACAAGUUGCUGAUAGUUACAGUAUCAGUAAGAGCUCUGAAGAAAGCCCCAAAAACAAAUUAUAAUUUAUUUUUUUACACGCUAAUAACUAAAAGAAAAAACCUAUUAAUAAUCAAAAUUACAUUGCACUACUAUCGUACCUAAUAAAAUUACCCGUCCCCCUUUUUUCCUUAA